UCAUAAUCGUCUCCUUUCAAAUAAGUUAGGGUUUAUGAUUAUUAGGGUUUGUUUUCUUUGCUGUUAAAGUCCACAUUCAAAUUUUUAUGGCUAAAAAUGGCGUCGAAGAAAAGAGUCCGUCCGGUGCAGAAGAAAAGGCUGAAAACGACAUCAUCAUCAUCAUCAUCAUCAUCAUCUGCUGAGGACAGAAUUUCGAGAAUACCUGAUGCACUCAUUCUACACAUACUCUCGUUUCUUCCCACUGUGGAUGCCGUUUCCACAAGCUUUCUUUCAAAUCGUUGGAAACGCAUGUGUUCAAAUCUGCUCCAAAUACGUAGUUCAAGCCUGAAGUUCUUGGAAAUUAGACUCGUUGAAAUUCAUUGGAUUUUAAAGCAAAUUGAAGCCAUAAAUCUUGAGUCAUUGGAACUAAAUGGUGUUUGCUUUGGCUCAUUAAAUCUCUCUGUAGGCAAGGCAAUUACAAAUCUCUCAUUGAGUUGUGAUUGGCGUAUGAAAGAGUCUUCUUCAUUGUUGGAGUAUUUCAUUUCAAACCUUCCUCUGCUUGAGAAUUUGACUUUGGGAAAUAGUGGAAUAGGGAGCUUAAAGCACAUAAAACUCUCGAAUCAACACUUGAAAAGUUUCAAUGUGAAUAAUCCUUAUGAUGAUGAAAUGACUGUUAUUAGGGCAAAAGAAACAUGUGACUGA